GUUGAACAGUGACAAAACGCUGCAAAGAUUUAUUUCAUCAUCAAGUUAAUGGUAAUUUUAUUUAGUGUGAAAUGUGUUUUAUAAUUAAAAACAAUAUAGUUUAAUAAACAGUACUUUAGUUUUGCUUGCAAAUAAAUGAAAAUAGUGUAACUUAAUAAAUCUUUCAUAAUAAUUGAAAAUCGAACUUAUUUUUGAGGUUAGAAUUUGUGCGGUGUUCAUGAAAAAAAAAACAAUACACGUGUGUAAACAGAUUUUUUUUUUUUUUGGUAAAUCAAAUGUAAUAAAUGUAAAUAAUGCCACAACCAUCGCAAGAAAGACGUGAACAAGUCGAAUCUAUAAUAAGAGCUAUUUUAAUAGCACAUAAAGAAGAUGUGACUAUACAACAAUUACGUAGUGAUUAUCUUGAAUAUGAAGGUGAAGAUAUUCCAUAUCGUGAAUUUAAUUAUAAUAGUUUAAUUGAUUUUUUGGAAUCAUUAACGAAUGUUGUAAAAUUCAUCACUAAAUUUAAUCAGAAAUAUAUGAAAGCAGUUGACACUGAACGAACACGGCAUUUGAGUGCUCUUGUUGCAGGACAAAAAAAAAAACGAAAGCCUAUUAGAAAGUCAAAAAGAACUUUUCGUGGUGGCUAUGUACAGGGAUUUUGUGGCUUACAUUCAACACGAUGGAAUUCAGGAUCAUUUCAAUCUUCACAUUCUUCGAGAUUUAAUAAUUCAUAUUCUUCUCCUUCGAGAAUUAAUAAUACAUCGUCUACAGCUUCGAGAUUUGAUUAUUCAUAUUCAUCUCCUUCGAGAGUAAAUAAUUCAUCGGCUUCGAGAUUAGAAAAUUCUUCCGCUUCGUUAAAUGUUGACAAACAAGUACCAGUUAUGUCGGAAAAUAAUUGUCAAACUGAAUUAAAAGAACCUUCUGUAGUACAAUAUUUUACUGGUGAAGAUUGUACAGAAAAAAACUAUCUUAGCGAUUACGAUGAUUAUGAUGAUAAUGAUGAUUUCAGUUAUAUUUCUAUUUCAUCUCCAUCACCCGAAUUUGAGCAAAAAACCAGCGGCAAACCUCUUAUUAGAUUUGUUGAACAAUCAUGUGAAAAAUUUAAUAAGGAAAAAAAAAACACUGGAUUAUCAUCAGAUGCCUUUGAAAAUGAUGUUCAAUGUUCCAUGAAUCAUAAAGAAAAAUAUUCUCCAAAUAAGUUAAAUUCUUCAUAUCAAAAUAUUCAAGAAAAUUGUCAUGAACAAAAAUAUUCUAAAUUAAAUUCUUCAAAUCAAAAUAUUCAAGAAAAUUGUCAUGAACAAAAAUAUUCUCCAAAUAAAUUAAAUUCAUCAAAACAAAAUAUUGAAGAAAAUUGUCAUAAAGAAUCAAUGAAUCAUGAAAAAUAUUACUCGGAUGAUAUUUAUAAUAAUGAAGCCUCGUGUAAUGGAAUUAAUUCGAAUGGUUAUGAUAUUCAAGAUGAGAAUUAUAUUGAAUUUAAUGAAAGUAAUAUUGAAAUUAAUCCACGUGUAAAAGAUCGACUUCGUAUUAUUAUACGAAAUCAUCCUAAUGGAAUAUGGUGUGCGGAUUUACCAAAGAUUUAUCAUCAAGAAAGUGGUCUUAAUUUAGAAUAUGAGGAAUUAGGAUUUACAAGUGUUGUUGCAUUUGCAUCACAACUAACUGAUAUUUUUCAUUGUGUACGACCAAAACCAAAGGGCGAUUAUAAAUUAUAUAAUGUACAGAAACCAUUGCCCGAUAUCAAUAAUCAAGAAAUAAAUAAUCGAUCUCAAUAUUCUUCAGCUGAACAAUAUCGUAUUUAUGUUGGCGAUGAUCCAGAAGCAAUACCAAGCCGAUUGGAUCCAAGCGUAACUGAUAGACUAUUUCCAGAUGGAGUCAUGUUACUUAAUGAAAGAGUUGGACAGAUAUUUGUUUCUGAAUUAUGUGUAGAAAAAGAUUACGAAGAAGUAAUAUUGAGCGAAGUAUUUAAUCCCUCUUUCUUUUGGAUUCAACUUCGUAAGAGACAACCAAAAUUUAAAAAAUUUAUGUCCCAAUUACAUGAAUUUUAUCAAGAUGAAUAUUACAAGUAUCUAAUUCCUGUCAUUAUCUUGGAUAAAGGAUUGAAUGUCGCGUGUGUUUAUGCAAAAAAAUGGCAUCGAGGGAUAAUUAAAGCGGUUUUACCUGAUGGAAGUUCAUUGGUGCAUUUUUACGAUUACGGAACAAUCAAGUCAUAUAAGCCAAAAAGUUUAUACUAUCUUCAUCGUCGAUUUUCAAAUUUGCCAGCUCAAGCCAUACCGUGUGGUCUAUAUAAUGUGAGGCCCUUUAAUUCCGAUAAAUGGCACAUGGGCAUCACUUGGAAAUUUAUAGAAAACACCAGUUGUCCUUUAAUUGCACAAAUUGUUGUAAGGAAUGAAGAGGAGAAUUCAGCACUUAUCACACUGACGGACACGCAAAAAGAUGACGAUUUUCACUUGAACGAUUGGCUCAUUGAUGCAAAAUUUGCUGUUCAUGGACAAAUGAUCCGAAACUCCACCUCCUAUGAAUCGCAACUUUAUGCCUUUCUUUUGAAUGACAUUUACCCCGAGAAGACGGAAUUAAUCCUUCUAAUCUCCCAAAAUAUCGACUUCAAAAAUUUGAGCGACUACGAGGAGAGUAAAUUGCCAAAAAAAUAUGAUUUUCCCGAUGAAGAAUUAUUAUCAUUCAUUAAAUCUCAAGAAUCGAAAGAAGUAAAUUCAACACGUCCACCACCUGGUUUUCAAUCACUUCAUUCAAUUACAGAAGAAUCGACAAAAUCAAAUGAUCCUGUUAAUAAUAACAACAAUAGUGUUGGUAAUGAUUUAAGUCAAUUGGAACAACAAUUUAUGAAUAUGUACAUUAAAAUUCAAAGUCAAAUGAAUCCGGAAGCAUCCACAGCUCUUGCACAACGAAUUGUUAAUAAUCUUUCAAAUUCACAUGAUUCAUCAAUAAUCGUAUCGAAAAUUCUCGAUAAAAAUGAUUGUCUAAAUUCAACUCAACAACAAGUUGUCAGUAAAUUUCCCAUUAGUGUUGAAGAAUUAUUCCGUCAAGUUCCAAAAUUCAACGAAAAUAUCGAAAAUCAGGAAAAUAUUCAAAAAUUAUUGAAAGAGCCAAAAAAUUCGAGACAAAAUUCAACAACAAAUAAUCACAAUGAUUUGGAGAAUCGUGAAAUUUUAAAUUAUAAAGAGAAAUUAAUUAAAGAACUUUCUGAUUAUUUAAAACCAGAAUAUCAAAAUUUACAACCGGAAAAUUUGGAAUUUUUGAAAAAUUUAAAUAAAGAAAUAAAUCAACGUGAAAGUUUAAAAAAGAAUUCAAUUUUAUUAAAUUCACAAACACCAGAAAAAAUAGAAACAAAUCCAUUUAAAACAGCGGAAUUUAAUAAGAAAAUUUCUACCAAUCCAUUUCUCAAUGAUUUUAAUUCAACAAAUUCACCAAAACAAAUUAAAUCAUCUCGAAUAAAUUUAAAAGAUUUUCUCGAUAAUCCCUACGAUUCAAUGACAAAUAUAAAUGAAACAAAGAACGAGUAUUUAAAUAAAUCGAUUGAUAGUUGUCAAUCAAAUUCUGAUAUUUUUCUAUUUAGUGAUAAAAAAGAUGAGAAUAAAAAUUCCAAUUUUCCCAAUAAAACGGAAUCAAUUCCAAUUAAUAAUUUUUCACCUGUUAUUGAUUUAUGUACAAAUCAAGUAAAUAGUGGUGCAAAAAUAUUUUAUGAAUCAGGUCCAAUUAUGUAUAAUCAAAAUGGAACUGAUGAAAAGACUGAUAAUUUAGAAAAGAAUAAUUGGAAGACAAUUCCAUCGAUUGAAACUAGCGGGACUAGUGAAUCUGUGAUGAAAACUGGUUUUAGUUUUAAGAUAAAUAAACCAAAAAAUCCAUCCGAGAGGGCAAACUGUCAAAAUAAAAUGAAAAUUUCAUUUGAAAAGGCAAGGCAAAAUAUUUCAAAUAUUGGAAAUAAUAUUCCAAAUCCACUGAUCGAGAAAAAAAAUUCUUCAACAUUACCAAUUAAUGUGGCAGUAAAUCAGAAUUAUCAAAAAUCAUCGACAGAAAUUGAUCUUUUGUCAGCAGCGACUUUUCCACUUCCUUCGUCCACAGAAAGUUCACGUGCACCAACGCCAGUUUUUGUUAAGGAAAAUAAAUUUAAUGAAAUGCCAAUAAGAAAUAGCAAUAAUAAAUUGUCUAAUGAUACGAGUCGUGAUAAAGGAAAUAACAUUCCAAAUGGAAAUUUAAGUGAUAAUUUACAAAAAAUUAUUUCACAUAACACCAAUCCUUUUGUUGGUGAUCAAAAUUAUGUAAAUUUCUCGUCAAAAUCAAUCAUAAACGAUAAAUUGCCAGCUAAUGCCGAAAUGAUCAAUCCACUUACAAUUCCAUCAGAUUUGAAUGUUGAUACUAAUUUUAAGCCGUUAGAAAAAUCUUCAGUUUGCUACACUUAUCCGAUAACAACCAAAAAGAUGAGACUUAUUGUUUUGAACGUUGAUGAUGAAGGCUGGUUAAUUUCGGAUGAAUUUGUCGAGGCAUUCACGAAUUUAAAUGGACCGAGUAUUAUGUUGAGAGCCUUAAAUAUGGUUAAUGUACAAAUUCCUUUUAAAACAGUUGACAGAUAUUCUCAUCCUUUGCUUCUAGCUGAUCUUGACAUUACACCAUUAAAUGUGAUUCGAAAUGUAGAAAAUAAAAUUGUUCGACCUGUUCACUUGACGCCUUUAAAAUUGGCUCCUAAAAUAUUGUCAAGUCUCAAUAUCAUCAAUCGCUUUGAAUUGCAUUUAAUUAUUCAUGAAAAUAAGUUAUCAACAAACACUGUAAUUAACGAUAUUAUAAAAUUAAUUUCAUCUUACAAGACCUACAUGACUACAAAAAACAAGGCUCGAAAUGUACGAUAGUUAAAUUAGGAAAAAAAAGUGUUUAUCUUUUUUCAUAAAUAAUGACGUAUAUAUAUUUUUUUAUUUUAUAUAAAAGUUACACCUGUUCAGUAUUUUUUCAAACAAUGAUGAUGAGAUAUAUGUGAAAAAAGUACUUUAAUAUUAUAUAGGUAUAUAUAUUUUUUUCCUUUUUUUUUAAGUUACGAACAAAUUCGAAAAAAUGUAAAUAAGAUAUAAUAACUUAUUCAAUAUGUUCUUUAUGUAAAAAAAAAAUGCAUAUUAUAUAUUAAAGUUAAUGAACAUGCGAGAAGAAUAUAUAUAAUUUUUUUUUUUAUUUUUCAGUAGAAAUUUUAACAAAAAACAAAAAAGCGCUUCACUAAAAACAAAAUCAUUCUUCAUAUAUUUGUAAAAAAAAAAAAAAAAAUUAAUCGUUACGUAUUAUAAAUUUGUAAUUUGUAAAACUGUUACCAAUUAUUGACAAUAAAACAUUCUUUAUUGUAUUUUUAAUU